AUGUACAGCCUCUGCUUCAUUCUACCAGCUUUGUGUCUCCUUGCGCAACUCUGCACUGCAGGAUAUACACUGCAGGAUGACUUCGGCAAUGAUGAGCGUUUCUUCGACAAAUUCGACUUCUUCACAGAUUCUGACCCAACAAGAGGCUACGUGAGCUACGUUGAUAAAUCUACCGCAAAAGAUGCAGGCCUAAUUCACGCGUCUGGUGGCUCGGUUUACCUUGGCGUUGACACCAAAAAUUUCGCCUCGGGCCCUGGUCGCCGAAGUGUGCGAUUGACAAGCUACCAGGAUUAUGACCACGGUCUAUUCAUUCUAGAUCUGGCGCAUAUGCCUGGUUCUGUCUGCGGUACCUGGCCAGCCUUCUGGAUGAUUGGAACAGUCCCACCCACAGCCGGCGAGAUCGACAUUAUCGAAGGUGUGAACGAAGGCCCUACCAACCAGAUCACACUACAUACAAACCAGGAUAAUUGCUCGGUUAACAAUUCAGGCUUCAGUGGUGUUGCCAACGGACACAACUGCUACAUCUACUCACCAGGUCCUCUCGGUAGUGGUGGUUGUGGUAUUGUUGAUCCUGACCCGAAAUCCUAUGGUGGGACUUUCAACGGUGGCGGUGGUGGUGUCUUCGCCACUGAAUGGACAAGCGACGUUAUUCGAGUUUGGCGCUUCCCUCGGUCGAGCCUGCCGUCUGAUAUUCAUUCUGGCACCCCUGAUCCGUCUACUUGGGGUACUCCGGUUGCUAGUUUCUCCGGUAAUUGCGAUAUUGAUGCCCAGUUCCAGAAUCUUCAUAUCGUAUUCGAUAUCACCUUCUGCGGUCGCAUGGCUGGGGACGCCUGGGCUAGCAGUAGACAUUGUGCAUCUAAGGCAGAAAGGUGUGAGGACUAUGUGCAGAAUAAUCCUAAAGUCUUUGAGGAAUCAUAUUGGGGGGUUAAUUCUCUGAAGGUUUAUCAGCAAAACUGA